AAGAGUGCAGCCGGCAACUAUUUUAAGCAAGCUGUGAUUGACAGGACAAGUGUACCAGACUGUACUGAUCCCAGGCCCAAGUUGCCUGCCUAUGGUGUGUGGUGUAGCGGAGAGGCCUGGGUCAGCAGGAGCAGGACAGACAGACAGGCAGGCCGGACGGGGUACCAGCACCUCAACCUCUCUCUCAGGGACACUGUCCAAACUUUGGGGGCCACAGGCCAAGCUGUGCAAUGGGUGCUGAGGAGGAGGUGAAGGUCACGUUAGCAGGGGGAGCCCCCUGGGGCUUCCGGCUUCAGGGAGGGGCUGAACAGAAGAAACCUUUACAGGUAUCUAAGAUCCGAAGACGGAGCCAGGCUGGAAGAGCAGGACUCCGAGAGAGGGACCAGCUCUUGGCGAUCAAUGGAGUUUCUUGCACCAACUUCUCCCAUGCCAGUGCCAUGACCCUCAUCGAUGCCUCGGGGCAUCAGCUUGUCCUUACUGUGAGGAGGGUAGCAGAGGAAGGGUCUGUGAGAUCUCCGUCUCCAGAGGAGCUUCAGAUGCUGUCACCCCUAUCUCCGAUGAGUCCUGAGCCCCCAGGUGCUCCUGCCCCCCAGGCUCUUCAGCCUGGGAGCCUUCGUUCACCUCCUGACAGCGAAGCUUACUAUGGAGAGACAGACAGUGAUGUCGACGGCCCUGCCACACAGGAGAAGCCCCGCCGAACCCGACGCCGAGGUCCCACAAGGCCCACCCUCCCAGGAGCCCCACCUGAUGAGGUGUACCUGUCCGACAGUCCCGCAGAACCAGCACCCGCUAAAACCGGCUCUCUCAGCCAGGGCGACAGCCGCGUGAGCUCCCCAUCGUGGGAGGAGGGAGCAGCUCUCCAGCCACCGCCAGCAGAAGCACUUCUGUUACCCCAUGGUCCACUGCGGCCCGGUCCUCAUCUCAUCCCUAUGGUGGGCCCUGUCCCCCACCCGGUGGGAGAAGAUCUUACUACCACCUACACCCAGAAGGCCAAGCAAGCCAAACUGCAACGUGCAGAAAGCCUCCAAGAGAAGAGUGUGAAGGAGGCCAAAACCAAAUGCCGGACCAUCGCAUCCCUGCUGACAGCGGCCCCCAACCCCCACUCUAAGGGGGUGCUUAUGUUUAAGAAACGGCGGCAGAGAGCCAAGAAGUACACUCUAGUGAGUUUCGGGGCUGCAGCUGGAACAGGAACAGAGGAGGAGGACGGCAUCCCCCCAACGAGUGAGUCGGAGCUGGACGAAGAGGCUUUCUCGGACGCCCGCAGCCUUACCAAUCAGUCUGACUGGGACAGCCCUUAUCUGGACAUGGAGCUGGCCAGGGCUGGCUCAGGAACAACCGAGAGUCAGAGCUCCGGCCUGGGAGGGCAGUUGAGCGAGGUCUCUGGGCGAGGGGUUCAGCUCUUUGAACAGCAGCGCCAGCGGGCAGCCUCCAGUACCCAGGAGCUGGCUCAGGUGGGCCCAGCAGCCAUGCUGAAUGGGCAGGGGCUGCAGUCCCCACCUCGAGCUCAAAGUGCUCCCCCAGAGGCAGCGGUGCUCCCACUCAGCCCAGUGCCGGCCCCUGCAGCCAGCCCUAGCCCCUUCUUCCCGGAUGGUGGAGCCCCCAGCCCAGCGCCAAGUAUCUUCAACAGGUCAGCGAGGCCUUUUACCCCAGGUUUACAAGGACAAAGGUCAGGUACCACUUCAGUGAUUUUCCGGCCCUUAGCCCCUAAGAAGGUAAAUGAAGGCCUGAGAGCCACCAGCCCCGCUCCGUGCCCCUUCGCAGCCCCUCUGCAGGGACCCACCCCUCUGCCCAGCUUCCCCACGCCCGGCCACACGCCAGUCUCCGGAGCUCCCAGCAGCCCACGCUCCUCCGGUCCGGUAACCGCUACCAGCUCCCUGUACAUCCCAGCCCCGAGCCGGCCUGUGACACCAGGAGGCGCCCCAGAGUCUCCCGCUCCUCCUAGCGCGGCUGCCAUGACCUCCACCGCUUCCAUCUUCUUGUCGGCGCCCCUGAGAAGCUCUGUGCGCCCGGAGGCGUCCGGCCCCGCGGCCCCCGAAUCUGCCAGCGCUCGGGAGCAGCGCAUCUCUGUACCAGCUGCCCGCACUGGCAUCCUGCAGGAGGCCCGGCGCCGGGGCACUCGGAAGCAGAUGUUCCGCCCUGGAAAGGAAGAGACGAAGAACUCGCCCAACCCCGAGCUCCUAUCGCUGGUGCAGAACCUGGAUGAAAAGCCUCGGGCGGGUGGUGCGGAAUCUGGUCCGGAGGAGGACGCUUUAAGCCUUGGAGCUGAAGCCUGUAACUUCAUGCAGCCACUAGGGGGCAGGAGUUACAAGACCUUGUCUCAAGUGACACCGAAAACCCCGCCUCCAAUGGCUCCCAAAACCCCACCCCCAACAACUCCUAAGACUCCACCCCCUGUGGCUCCUAAGCCCUCUUCUCGAGGGCUCCUUGAUGGGCUAGUGAAUGGGUCCACCGCUGUAGCUGGGAUCCCUGAGCUCCCAAGGCUGCAGGGGAGGGGUGGAGAGCUAUUUGCCAAGCGGCAGAGCCGUGCCGACAGGUACGUGGUGGAAGCUACACCUGGCGCUAGCCUUAAUCCUGGCCUUCGCCCCAGAAGUCCUUCUCCCACACCCUCACUGCCCCCAUCGUGGAAAUACUCACCCAACAUCCGUGCCCCACCCCCUAUUGCUUACAACCCACUCCUCUCACCUUUUUUCCCCCAAGCUGCCCGAACUCUCCCCAAUAAGGCCCAAUCUCAGGGACCUCGGGCGACCCCCAAGCAGGGCAUCAAGGCCCUGGAUUUCAUGCGACAUCAGCCAUACCAGCUUAAAACCGCCAUGUUCUGUUUUGACGAGGUCCCUUCUACUCCUGGCCCCACGUCAGGGCCUCCCAAAACUGCCCGAGUCCAGGAGAUCCGCAGGUUUUCCACUCCAGCACCCCAGCCCACUGCAGAACCCUUGGCUCCCACUGUGCUUGCCCCCAGAGCGGCGACCACACUGGACGAACCAAUUUGGAGGGCAGAGCUGGCCUCACCCCCUGUCCCUAGCCCAGACCAUCCUCAGGAGUCUUCCAGGAGCUUUGCCGCCACCCCCAGCUCCUGUGGUUUCCAAGUAGCCCGGCCCCGGUUCUCAGCCACCAGAACAGGGUUGCAGGCUCACGUGUGGAGGCCUGGGGCAGGGCACCAGUGAACAUAGGUCCCAGGACCAAGUAAUGGAACUUAGAGUCCCGGAAGUUUCUUCUGCUUUGUCCUACCGGCUUUUUCUCCCCGCGUCGCCUCUGCCAGAGAUAGUGUUCCCCUUCAGUUUCCCCAGCCCCCUACUGCUGCCUUUUUAACCUGUUAUCUCUGUUUUGGUAUCUUCUCUGUAUUUUUCUGCCUGGACCUCUGGCUUCUCCACCCAGAGGUCUCAGCAGGUCUCUGGGUUGUUGUGGUUUUUUUUUUUUUUUUUUUUUUUUUUGCUUUUGCAUUUGUGUUUCUCUCUGUGGGCAGCACUUGAGUGUUAGGCAAAAAGCACACUGUAAAAUGACCACUGAAAUCUCAGGCAAGAAACUCACCACGCUACAAGCAACUAAGGGACUGAACGGUGCUUGAGCCCCUUCACACUCCAUAUUCCUCACUCACAUAUUCGUGUGUGUGUGUGUGUGUGUGUGUGUGUGUGUGUGUGUGUGUGUGUACCCAUGCUUUUGCAAAUAUGUGUGUUUAGGAUCUGCUCUGGAAAGGUAUCAGAAAAACAUACAUGUGCGCUUCUUUUGGGGGCAAAGGUAAGAGGGAAGUUCUUUUCCUUCUACCGGAAGGGUCAGAUAUCUCUCCAGGGAAUCUUGCAGGGAACAAGAGCUUACCUGCAGAAAAACUCCAGAGAGGAUAUAGUCUGUAGCAGGUGCACAGCAUCUUGUGAUGUUAACGAGUCUGACGAUUUUCUUGGGUCUGCGUUAUACGAGCUAGACCUGGAAAAAAAAAAAAAAACACUAAGAAUUCUGUUUCUUUGGAUUUCAGGAAGUUAGGAACCAGGGUCCUGUGCUGAGCAAGUCAGUAUCCAGCAAGUAAAACAGAAAAUUUCUUCUGAACUGCCAGAGAUAGAAGGAUGGUGAAUAGAGACAGAGUGGAUGAGGAGAGUGAGGCUAAAACAGGAAGCAGGGCAAGAGGGAGAGAGCAGAGUUGGCCAACAAGAAACCAACUACUUAUGAGGGAGCAUAGGGACCGUCUGAGCUCAGGAGAAUGUGUGCAUUUGUCAGAGCAAAGGUGUGAGGAUGUGUGCCAGAUGUUAGAGUUGGCUGUGCUACCUCCUGUGAAUCUGACCUUCCGCUGCUGCAGCUUAUCCUGACCACCUGGGAAAGGCAGGGAGACGCUGGCCCAAGUCUCUUUUGUCCCACACCACCCGCAGAAGUCCAGCUUUUGUUCCUGCUCAGCUUUAGUUCCUAAUUUCUGAUCCUAGAAGUGUAAGGACUCUCCUUCCCUGAAGACCACCACCUUGCUUGCUGUUUGACCCGGAAGUGGAUCUUUUCCUUUGCAACAUUGGGCGCCACAAUUCUUUGAUUUGUGCACAAGAAUAAACGUAUGCCCACACCCACA